AUGAAGACCUUAUUCAAGCCAUUCCAAACGAUCGAACAAGUUUCCAAUUGCCCUAAUUUUGAACAGUACUAUUCGAAAUAUUCCGCGUCACAAUCUAAAAAGAACGAAAUUGCCUCUUCAACUUUCUCUGAUCGAAACGGACUAGGGCUAAGUAUUUCAAAGAGCUUUGUAGACGCAAUGCAUGGAAAAAUUGGUGUUCAAAGCCAACUUAACAAAGGCACCUCAAUCUCGGUUGUGUUACCAUUGGUGAAAUCUGAUGAUAUUACCGCUGCUUUUUCAAAUCAGAGCAUCAAGGACCAACUUCAAACAAUUGCAGAUCUUAAAGUGGAACGAUUGAAUAUUUUCAUAGUGGAUCAAAAUAUCACUUCAAAGAAGGUCUUACACGAUUACCUCAAAAUGAUUUUCCCUUAUGCUUCUUUGUAUCAAUUUGAUAGCCCAUCUAUUACUCUAGACUCCAGUAACACAUCUGGAAAUAUAAUUUUAGUUUUCUAUGAGGAUGAAAUGCAUGAAACUCUUCACCAAACCUUCCGGUCUCUCCGUAAGAAAACUGUGUAUGUACCCAUAUCGAACAGAGGUUUUUCUAAGCGUUCUUCCUCACUAAGAUAUCUAACCAGACCACUCAGAGUGGGAGAUUUGCUGGAUGUGCUCAUACAAGCACUCAAUGAAAUGAUUAGCAGAGACAUGAAGUUCUUGGAGAAAGAUGACAGCUUUGUCUUUCAGCAACGAUCUUCGACUAAAAAACACGUUUCGAUUAAGGAAGGAAAAAAGAGUUUGAACUUUAAGACUGCACUAGUGGUGGAUGACAACACUAUCAAUAGAAAAGUGUUGUCAAAGUUAUUGAAAAUGGUAGGCUUUGAAGAGAUUGAUCAAGCGGAGAACGGACUAGAAGCCUUUGAAAAAUAUAAGCAAAAUAUUGAUAGAUAUGAUAUCAUAUUUAUGGACUUGCUUAUGCCAUAUGUAUCAGGAAAAGAGUCGUGUGAAAUGAUAAGGAAUCAUUCGGUAAAAUCCAAUACCUUAAUCUUGGCAGUCACAGCUAAUACUUGGGAAACUAAGGAAAUGCUUUGUAAAUCUGGGUUUGACUCAGUGAUGUACAAACCGAUUCUAUUGGAAAGCUUAAAAUCUGAACUGGAGACCCUGAAAUCUCUGCAUUUACCGAAAGAUAAUAAUAAUUCCAGUUUGUCUUCAGUAUCUUCGUCCACCAACGUCACAACGAAUUCAAUUAACGACAAGUAA